UUACCAUUUUUACUUCCUCUUCUCCUCUCUUCCUUUCCCACACCCCUUACUUACACUACACGCCCUUCUUUUUCUUUGCUAGUUCUGUGUUAGCAAACCCCUGCACUCACUUCUUUCCUUCCCAUUUUUUUCUCACUUUGAAGCACAAAAGCUGCUUCUUUUUCCUUCCUCCUUUGAAUUAAUCUUGAUGCUUAUAUUAUAUACCUCUAAUAUGUAUGUUAAUGUUUGAGUUUGACAUUCAUGUCUCCAGUCCUCAGUGAAAUCCUUCGUUCCGGGUUUAUGAUCAAUUCCUCCCUUAGACGCAGGACCCACUUAGUUCAAUCCUUCUCCGUUGUCUUCCUCUACUGGUUCUAUGUUUUCUCAUAGUUAAUUCCCCAACAACACUGCCCUUUUAUAUUAUAUGAUUCUAUAUAUAUCUUAGUAAUAAUAAUAAUAAUAAUAGUACUAAUUAUUAUCUAUAUUAGCUAAAUUAAAAAUAAUUUCUCUUCCCAAUCUUUUUUUUUUCUUUUUCUAGUGUAUAGUACUCACUUUGGUGUAAUUGUAAAUUAUACAUCUUAUGUGAUGGCCUCAUCCAGUGGAACAUCGAGCAUGUCCAAUAUUCUUCUUCAGAGCUCUAGCUCUGAGGAGGAUUUGCAGCUUCUAAUGGAACAAAGAAAAAAGAAGAGAAAGCAAUCGAAUCGCGAAUCCGCGAGAAGAUCAAGGAUGCGAAAGCAGAAGCACUUGGAUGAUCUCAUUGCACAAGUGGACCACCUCAAGAAACAAAAGAGCCUAACCCUCAUGAAAGUGGACAUCACCAGAAAACACUAUCUCGAGGUUAAGGCUGAAAAUUCCAUUCUCUGGGCCCAGAAGACUGAACUCACCCAAAGCCUUCAAUCACUCAAUGAUAUCAUCGAUCUCAUCAACACCACCAACGGGGUCUACCACACGGAUUGCUAUGAUAUCAAUAAUCAUAAUAAUCAUAACAAUUAUUACAAUAAUAACAAUAAUUUCAUGAAUCCCAUGCACAUGGCAUAUCUUAACCAACCAAUUGUGGCCACUGCAGACAACAUGUUUCUGUGGUGAACAAAUUAAGAUUUUGUGCUAGUGUGUUGUUCUGUUGGGAGUUGCGUCACGGUGGAAUCAUUCAUGAGUGAUGGUAAGGUAAAUAUUAGUGGUACCUACUACUAGGGUGAGGCAAUGUUUAUUAAGAAUUGGGUUUUGUUAAUUGGUGUUCUUAGCUGAUUGAUUAAGAAUAUUAUAUUAUUGGAGUGUGAGAAGAACUUGCUUGCUACAUAUGAUAUGAUUAAAUAGUGGAAUCAAAUCACAUAGUGGCAUUUAUGCAUAGUUCUGUUGUUGUUAGGUUAGGACAGGUCAGGUCACCAAAGUGGCAUGGUACUUGCCACUGUCCAAUGUUUUGGAAAAAUGGAUGUCGGUGUAAGUGUAACUGUGCAAGUGUGCCUUCUCUGUUUUUUUCUUUUCUUUUUAUAUGAUUAAUAUGAUAUGUAAUGUUAUGGGUGUGCUUUUAUAUAAAAAUGGUAUUGGUUCUUGCCCCCGAAAAA